AUGUCGUAUUUGCUGUCGCUGGGCCUGCUUGGUCACAGAGCCGUGUUCUGGCGUGGGGCAUGUGCUGCAGCGACUCGGCCAGUGACGGAGCAUGUCCAGAAUCUCGAGCCUGCCUCUGUCACCUCGUUUCAACUAAACGACUGGGAAUGCUUGCAGAAGAGCUUGCGCUCUCGUCUACAAGACUGGGAUGAUGAUGGUUGGACGAUCGAUGAUCUUCGUCGGAUAGGCGGUCUCGACAUUAGCUUCGAGGAUGGCACCAACCGGGCCACAGCAGUCCUGGUUGUCUGUGAGUUGCGAGGUUGCCACCUGAAGCUGAUCUACGAAGAUUCCGUUGAUGUGGACAUGGCUCUUCCCUACAUUUCUGGGUUUCUGUUCGUGAGGGAAAUUCCUGCGUACGAACUGCUGCUGCAACGCAUGAGGGACAGUGCGCCCGACGUAGAACCCGACGUUUUUUUGGUUGACGGAUCUGGCCUGUUCCACCCGCGGCAGUGUGGUUCAGCUUCGCACUUUGGCAUUCUGCACAACUUGCGCACAAUUGGCGUGGCCAAGAAGCUUCUCUGCUUCGAGGACUUCGACAGAGAGCACGGGCAGACGGUAGAAGAGAAGGUGUUGUCAAGACCAGGUGAUAGCGCGCCACUUGUUGGCACCAGUGGAUUCAUCUACGGAUUCGCUGUUCGCACUUCAGCUGCCAGAGCAAAGGGUCAAGACAGUUCGCGGCGACUGUAUGUAUCUGCUGGACACAGGUUCUCACAAGACACUGCCAGGAAUGUGGUCUUGACGUGUAAUGUGGAGGGGGGGUCAUACGUGCCAGAACCGAUCCGACUAGCAGAUCUGACUGGAAGAGCCAUUGAGCGAGCUUGGAAGCAAAUCCACUCAACAUCGAAGCCUCAAGCAAGACAGAUGAUAAUGGACGUGUCCAAUCUCUUGGAUGACAAGCAGCGAAAGACACUCGUAGCAAUUCUGGAUGAGGUGCAGGCUGAGCCCUGCGCCGUGCUCUCUAGCAUCUCAGCCGACAGCAUCAAGAGAAAACAGGCGACAAAGGAUGAGCUGUUUCAGCCUCUGCAAGACAUGUAUCCUGAUGCAACAAUGCUGGAGCUUCGUGCGGCGCUUAAGAUGGAGAAGCCCUGGGCCGCCGAUCUGCGUAAAGCUUCGCUUCGCCACCAGCAAGCUGGGCGGGCAAUGCGGCUGAGCCGAUGA